AUGCGGUGUUUGUUAAUUAAUUUAACAGUUAUGACGUUAGAUGUUUGUGGGGAAACAUAAAUUAUUGUAAAUGAGUUAACAACACGUAAUUGUCGCCUGGACAUGGCAACCUAACUAAUGUACACACAGGAGACUUCCGGCUCUUAAGCUCGGGGUGUUUCUACACCGCAACCUGUUAGCAAAACUUUAUCAUUACCGCCCCUUUUAAACUAAUUCAUUACAAUGUCCGAUAUUGAAUCCGACGAGUUUGAUGAGGAAAGCAAUAAACUCGGGGAAUAUGAAGGAGACAGAAACGAAGCAGGGGAGAGACAUGGGAGUGGAAAAGCUACCUUGCCUAAAGGAGACGUGUAUCAAGGACGAUAUGAACAUGGCAAAAGACAUGGGAAGGGAACAUAUCGUUUUGUCAAUGGAGCAAGAUAUGUAGGAGACUAUCAUCAAAACAUGAAACAUGGACAAGGCAUCUUCUACUACCCGGAUGGAUCCAAAUAUGAAGGUUCUUGGUCCGAAGACUUGCGACAAGGCCUUGGUGUUUACACUUACUCCAACGGGGACACAUAUGAGGGAGAAUGGCUAAAUCACAUGAGGCACGGUCAGGGCACUUACUGCUACCAGGACACUGGCUCUGUGUACACUGGAAAAUGGGAGAAUGGCAAGAUUGAGUCGGUUGGAGAGUUCAUUCACGCCAACCACAGAUACAAUAGUAACUUUGUCAACAAUAUUCCGUCUGGCCCAGGGAAGUAUGUGUUUGACAUUGGCUGUGAGCAGCAUGGUGAAUACCACCAGAUAGAGCAGGAAAGGGUUGAUGGCGACUGGAAUGAGUCAGGCGCCACUACUAUUCUCAAAUGGUUUCCGAAAUGUAUCACAGGCCUUACUCAACAGGACCCAGAGGGUUAUAUCACAGACCUCCCUCAACAGGAGACGGGGGCUUCCCCCGAUGCCACGCCGGCCCAAAUGGAUCCUCCAAAAGAAGCCUAAGACCAACCUUAGCACCCCUUGUCUCAGUUGAGAUUGUGUCACCUUUAUCCCACCCCAAAGUGCUGAGGAAUCCUAAUUUGUUUUUUAUAACUGACAGUAAGCACUCUCCCACAGUUAAAGACCAUAGUGACUGUAAAGCUUUGCUCCUUGGAAAACUGCACGCACUCUUUCACCUUUUAAACUUUCCUAAACUUGUCCUCUAAACAAUUGUCUGCUCCUGUCUAAAUAGUUGUUUUUUUACUUUAAUUUGUACUGAAACAAUGAUUGCAAAAUAUAAAUGAAUAAUAAUAAAGGCAUACAGUAUA